ACCCACAUAUCCACCUUGCACACGACGGUGCUCCCAGGCAAUGUUCCUCAUGGCUCAUAUAGAGCCGAGAGCCGCCAUCACCCCGAAGUCCCCGCCUCGCGGCUCAAGAAACGCGAGCUCGAUCGCAAAGCACAGCGCGCGGCGCGAAAGCGCACUCAGGAUCGCAUCGUUCAACUUGAAGAGCUUGUCGCGCAUCUGUCCCGCAAUGACAUCAACGCCGAGGCGUCGCGCCUCAUGGAGCGAUUGCUACAGACGACGCAGGAGAGAGACAAGCUUAUGGGUGUUCUGUCAUCGCUUGGAGCGACGAUUCGGCAUCAUACAGAUACCUUCUCGGCUCAGUCGAAGGUCUCAUUGAGCUCCGUGGUCGGCGCCAUGGUAUCACCAAGUGACCUUCCUGAGGACGUUCAGCCUUCCGACCAGACGCACACUCUGGAAGAGGGGCCCGCAUCUCCCUUAAGUCGAAACGAGUACGUCACGCCCGGCACAUGUUUUCCGCCGCCACCAGCGAAUGCCAGUUGCGAGUUCGAUACUCCUGAGAAGCCCAUAAUCGCUGGCAAGCCUAUGAUGACGUCGUAUUCGAGACAUGUAGUUCAGAACCUCGAUGAGGUCAAACAAACUCCAAUCACGCUUCUGAGGAGCGACUCGGAACUCUCACAAGAGACCAACUCAUUCGGGAAUAGCUUCAUCAUUCCCCAAUCCCCACAACCUUGCCACUGCUCUACAGUCCUACGAGUCAACCAACGCAACCCCAACCCCAAUAUCUGGCGACUAGCCAAUCAUGCACUUGGCAGGCCUGUCAAGAUGUCGCCGCUAGCUAUAGAAGACGAAGAUCGCGCUAGCCAAGACACGCCCGUUCGAGCCAUCGUCGAAGGCUGGGAGAGCGUCGAGAGGGCGGGUAUGAUGACCGACUCAUGGCGGAAGCUGCGUAUUAUUGACGGUCUCUGCCUCUCCAAGUGCGGGCCCGGUGUCCGUGAGCGCUUUGUCUUCUCCCAACACCACUACUGUGCAAACAUAUUUUGGCAUCUCUUCGGAUCCAGCCUCACCAUCCUCUGGCAGUUCGGCUUCAACAAUUGCUUCAUGAAGGACACCGUCACCGGUCGAUUCCAACUCUCCCCCUUCUUCGAGGACCGUAUCAGGGACAUCAACUCCUGGACCAUGAACGUCGACUUUUUCGAUCAUUUCCCCGAGCUGUGCGAUGACAUUCCCAUAUAUGGCGGCAUCCCGCCAAAACUUGGUGCGCCAGACGUGAGUUGGACUAUGCCGUUGCGACACGAAGUGUGUGGAGACGGAGGAGGCCACACGAUUGAGCUGGAUGCGGAUGCAAAUAGUUCCCUGCUUAUUGUUCCGAGCUCAGCGAUGGGGGAUGCGGGGACUGUGCUCAUGUCGCAGAACCUAAAGCACAUCGCCGUGCCUGGCAGCCAAGGGUUGGCAUAUACGCAGCCAUCAAAUAUAGUGCCAUUGAAUAUGAUGCCGAGGAGUCCUGUGUCCAACGAGGCUACGCCCUCAGGACAGCACAACAACUUUGGUGGGCCAUGGCUCUACUCAUACUGCGAGGCUGGCAGUGCCAGCAUGGCUAUACCAGAGGCCAGCAACAGUCAUGCCGCAGUAGGAAUUACAGACCACCGUCCUCUAGGGGACGACUGCAUGGGUAGACUGCAGGAUGAGGAGCACCAUAGCGGGAGAAGAACGACAUGCGUAGAGGAUGUCUCCGCCUACCUAGGGCAGUAGGAGGAACGCACGUGGGGUUAGCUAUUUUGAUCUGUUGAGCACCUAGCAAAUGGAAUCGUUGGCACUUCG